ACCGCAAAAACACCUUGUACUAUAUAAAUUCACUUUCUUUGUAGUAUCAAUUCUGAUUUUAGGGUUUAGUUGCUCCACAUUUUGCUCAAGAAUCGCCGCCAUGGGAAGAAGACCGGCAAGAUGCUAUCGUCAGAUUAAGAACAAGCCAUACCCAAAAUCGCGGUUUUGCCGUGGUGUCCCCGAUCCUAAGAUUAGGAUUUAUGAUGUGGGUAUGAAGAAGAAGGGUGUGGAUGAAUUCCCAUUCUGUGUCCAUCUUGUCAGUUGGGAGAAGGAAAAUGUGUCGAGUGAGGCUUUGGAAGCUGCUCGAAUUGCUUGCAACAAGUACAUGACUAAGUUUGCUGGAAAGGAUGCUUUCCAUCUAAGGGUUAGGGUGCACCCGUUCCAUGUGCUCCGUAUUAACAAGAUGCUUUCGUGUGCUGGGGCUGAUAGGCUCCAGACAGGUAUGAGGGGUGCUUUCGGCAAACCUCAAGGUGUUUGUGCUAGGGUUGCAAUUGGGCAGGUGCUUCUUUCUGUUCGAUGCAAGGACAAUAACAGUCACCAUGCUCAGGAGGCCCUCCGUCGUGCCAAGUUCAAGUUCCCUGGUCGUCAAAAGAUUAUUAUCAGCAGGAAGUGGGGCUUUACCAAACACAACCGUGCUGAUUAUCUCAAGUACAAAUCUGAGAACAGAAUAAUGAAUGAUGGAGUCAAUGCCAAGCUUCUUGGAUGCCAUGGACCUCUAUCCAACCGUCAACCUGGCAGAGCUUUCUUAACUGCGGCUACUGCAUCUACAUGAGAAAGAGUAGCUGUGUUAGCUCCUUUGUUUUGAGUAGUGAUCAAACAAAAUCAGAACCCUUUUUGACUGUAGUUUCUACUUUUAUGUUAUCUUUUGAGUUUAUAGUUGUUGCCUCAAGUUUUGAAAUUGAACUUCGUAUCUUUAGAAGUCAUGUACACUUGCUAUUUGCACCAAUGAAUCUAUUCAUAGUUGUGCUUUUGUGGUUGUUUCUGA